CGACAACAACGACUUCACACAGUCGAUGUUCAGCACGGUAAUAAGCAAACACAAAAGUAGAAAGUAUGGAGUCAAUUCAGUUUUCACCAUGCAAAAUGGAGAGCUUGAAUCCAAGGAUAGUGGCUACUGUGAUGACCGCUUCUCUUCUGCUCAUCAUCGCCUACUCAAUCAGCCCAUACUCACUGCUUCUCCAACGACGCAGCAGCAGCAGCAGAAGCAUCAAUCCCACAAUCCAACAACCAGUAGCAGGAGGAGGAGGAGGAGAAGAAGUACUAUCUUCAGAACAAUAUUCCUGCGUAAGCAUGCAACAGUUACAGAUCAUCAGGAGCUCAUAUUCGUCGUCGAAGCCAUCUCCUUUCCUCCUUUCCAGGCUCAAAGACUACGAACACCAUCACAAGCGCUGCGAUCCCUUCUCCGAGUCCUUCAAUCGAAGCUCCCGGGAACUUAUCAGGGUACAGAAUUCCCCUGAUUCCCUUGUGACAAAACCUGAAGAAAAAGAAGACGUCGAACUUGAUUGCAGAUACAUCGUGUGGACACCGGUGAAUGGUCUGGGGAACAGAAUGCUCAGCAUCUCUAGUUCAUUUCUCUACGCUCUCCUCACCAACCGUGUCCUGCUCGUGGAUUUCGGCCCCGACAUGGUCGACCUCUUCUGCGAGCCGUUUCACAACUCCACCUGGUUCCUCCCUAGAGACUUCACUUUCAAGGGCCGAGCCAAUACCCCUGAGUUCAGGGAAACUUACAGCCUCGGAAAACUGUUGAGGAGCGAGGAGGAGGAGCAACUGGAGAAGGAGAUGCCAUAUGUUGCGUCCCUCCUUCAGCUUUUCCUUUCCUACGACAAUGACGAUUACGACAAGCUUUUCUACAAAAGUGAGACUCAGCAACUCUUGAAGAAAGUCCCCUGGCUAGUUCUGAGAUCGGACCAGUAUUUCGCCCCUUACUUUUUCCUGAUGCCCUGCUUCAGGGCAGAACUGGACAGAAUGUUUCCUGACGACAAGGAGACAGUUUUCCACCACUUGGGGAGAUACCUAUUCAGCCCAUCCAAUCAAGUUUGGGGCCACAUCACCGGAUUCUACGAUGCUUAUCUGGCGAAAGCAGAUCGACGAAUCGGUCUUCAGAUCAGGGUUUUCAGCCUCGAUAAAACCCCGGUUUCACUCAUUCUGAGUCAGGUUAUAAAUUGCAUCCAGGAAGAGUCUCGAAUAAUAAUUCUUCCUAAUACUACGACUACAACUACGACUACUGCUUCUUCGUCUGGUCGAAACAGGACGACGACGACGAAUGCUAUUCUUGUAGCUUCAUUGUUGGGGCAAUUCUACACGGAGCUGAACAAAAUGUACAAGGAAUGGAAUGAAAAAGCGGGAGCCACGGUGGUUGGGGUUUAUCGGACGAAUCACGAAGAGAUGCAAGUGCUUGGUAGCAGCUCACAUAAUAUGAAGGCAUUGGUGGAUAUAUAUCUGCUGAGCAUGUGCGAUGUGCUGGUCACUAGCCCACGGUCAACUUUUGGAUACGUGGCUCAUGGUCUGGCAGGGUUGACUCCAUGGAUUUUGCAGAGUCAGGACAUUGAAGACGAGGAACAGAGGGUUAAGGAACCAGCUUGCCGACGUGGUGUUUCCAAGGAGCCAUGUCUUCAGUUUCAUGCUAAUUAUUAUGACACCAACCCAGAUCAUCGUGAACCAGGAGGGCCUGUUCCCGUGAUUAUGGAUUGUGAAGAUUUUCAAUAUGGACUAAAGCUUGUAAAUCGCCAGGUUUAGAGAAAGCAGAGUCCACCUAGGCUGCUUCUUCUUGUUGAUGGUGUUAUUUUCUUUCUUAAUUUUUUUUUUUACAGUUAAUGGUAUAUAUUUGGUUCUUGAACUAUGAAGGUUUUCUUAUGUGGUUCAUAUACUAUAUUUUCCCCCCUAACAUAGUCGUUCAAAUAUAAACAUUUAGCUGUUGCGGUCAUGUUGUUAAAAGACUCUUAGUCUUCUAUUGAACGAGGACCUAAUUACUCACUAGACACGCCUAAUUAGGCGCUAAUUUGGUAAAAAACUAUGUAAUUACAAAGUUACUAUUGCUAUUUUAAUCAUUUUUUCAGUUUCGACAAAAGAUAGACCGAUUUGUUGAUUUUGAUUGGAAAUUGUAGGGUGAAAUUUAUAAAAAAAAGGAAUAUAUAUGGGUUAAAAAUAUGGAGGAGUAUUUUUGAAAUGAUGAGAACUUUUUAUGCGCAUGAGCUGCCCGACUCAAUGCCAAAUAGGUCCGAAUUUAACCGAGACUAAAGAAACUUUGAACAUUAAG